AUGCCCACCACAUGUAUUCCCAUCACCUGUUCCCGGCUCACCCACCUCCUCUCACCCCGCCCCCUCCCAACGGCACGGCCACAGGGCCGCAUAGACGCGGAGGGGCGGCUGGCGUGUUCGUACCACGGGUGGGCGUUUGCAGGCAGCGGCGCGUGCGAGCUCAUCCCGCAGGCCGCCCCGGAGCACCCCGGCCAGCCCCCCCGCGCCGUGUGCUCCCCGCGCGCAUGCGCCACUGCCUUCCCCGUGAGGGAGUUCCACGUGAGUGCCGCACGUGUCACGGGCUACAUACACAAUAGGAAGCUUAUCAUCCGUGGGUCGCAGGUCAUGAAAGGCAGGGGCGCAUCGGCUUGUCCGUCGCUUCUCAACAGUCCACCCAGCCAAUCGCCCCCACUCUCCCCGCUGCGCGCCCGUUACUCCCCCUCCCUUGCCCCCACUUCCCCCCGCCCACCCCAGGGGGUGCUGUUCGUGUGGCCAAAUGAGCAUUCGGCAGAGCAGGCGGAGGCGACGCCACUGCCGCUGCCGCACGGGGUGGAGUGGGACGAGUACGAGGUGCUGCCGCACUACACGCGGCGCCUGGCGUACGGGUAUGAGGUUCUGGUGGAGAAUGUGGUGGACCUCUCCCACUUCCCCUUCGCCCACCACGGCGUCGGCAUGACCACCCGCGACAAGGGCGGCCCUAUCAACAACAUCGGCAUGACACAAUCGGGCGUGAAGGGCUUUGAGGGGCCCAUCCACGUGUUUGGCUUCCCCACGUACCUCCGCUUCCAGGCGCCCCAACUCGUCUUCUACCACAGCACCGUAAGGUACCGCACAACACCACAACACCAUGACGUGCCGCCCCCGCCACAACACCAUGACAUCCACCCUUUUCACCCUACCCCCCAUCCCCACAUCUCUCCUCCCCGUCCACCCCCGCUUUUAUCCCACCCUCACUUUCCACCUCCCCUUCUACUCCUCGCUUUCCCCAUUCCACCCUCCUCCCGCUCCCUUCCCCCCUCUCCUGCCAGCCCGCCGCCCCCCAAGUUCUCCUUCCUGCAGAGGAAGGCUGGGGCAGCAGCAGCAAACACGAGCUUGGUGACUUUUGAGUCGACUCAAAAGUCAUUUUGA